GAUUUUUAAACCUAUUAUGUGUUAUACGAGGAAGCUGUAUUUCAAUUAUGUUACUGAAUUUGAUAGACUUACGGGUUUAUAACGGAUCAUAAACUCUUUCGCGAGAGUCUACAUCAUCAUGUUGGAAACUAUCGAUCAGCUAUUGUAUAUCUACCAGCAGCGUAAACUUUUGAAGUCGGGGCAGUAACCAAUCAGGGAAUUAAUUUCCACGGGCAACCAAUGCAAACAAAAGUUUAUUACAAAAGCUCUCUUGUACUUCACUUUCUCGGCUACGAACUUCCAAAGUGUCUUUCCCGCUAGUUUUUGGAGAAAUCAAGGAAAACCAAUUUACGUAGGUAAAUCAAAGACGAAGUAGUAGAUGAUGAUAAAUAAUUCUAAUCGUGCAAUGUAGAUAAUGAAUUGUUAUGCUAUGCAUAUUACAUAAAGUUUAUUAUAUUAUUUUGCAAAUUUUUAAAAGUAUAUGAUUGCUGUUUUUCCAAGAUCGUCGAUACCAGGCCACGAGUAUUUGGAGGCAGAUUACGAGUGUGCUCCAGGGUACUACAUGGUGAGCACAAUAACUAGACUACUUUGCAGAAAUCGUCAAUGGGUAGGGCAACUUCCAAAGUGCAAGAUCAAAGCAAAUUUUGAAGGUGUGUGUAUCGACGCUUCUUGUGACCAUGUUUGCAAAGAAGUCGAUGGCAGGCCAGUAUGUUCCUGUUACAAGGGUUUCCGGUUGGAAGAUGAUAAAUGUAUCGACAUUAACGAGUGUCUGUUGAACAACGGACACGGGCCCUGUCAGGAUACGUGUCGGAACACCAUAGGCGGCUAUGAAUGUUCCUGCGAUGGUCUACAGGAUACUGUUCUGUCAGCCGACAACCACACGUGUCAGGACGCAGGUCCCUGUAGCGUCAACAACGCCGGAUGCUCCCACACCUGUCUCUCCACGAUGGGACGAGUAUUUUGUCUCUGCCCUGAUGGUUUCAUCCUAGAGGAUGAUUGGAAGACCUGUCAAGACGUGGACGAGUGUGCCCAACCAGAUUUGCAAACGGAAAUGUGCCGGUACGGUUGCAUCAACACGCCAGGAUCUUAUCGAUGCGCCGAACCAAUGGAGUUGAAGGAUCAACCGAUACUGGACAGCUUGUCGAUCACAUGCCUGCCAGGCUACGAGGCCACCCCCGAUGGAACUUGUAUCGGUAAGUGGUUUAAUCCGUACGGGUGAUUUAACAGGAAGUUGGAU